GAGGCGUUGCGGCGGGCGCCAAGCCGGCUUCCGGCCGGCCCGGGGAGGCGCGCGCGCGCGCGGCGGGACCGAGGUUGCCGCCAGGCGCGGAGCAGCUGCCUGGCGGCGCGCGGGGCUCCCGCCCGCUCCCUCCCUCCCGUGCCGCCGCCAUGCACAGGAAACAUCUCCAGGAAAUCCCGUCCUCCAGCAGCAAUGUGUCCACAAGCUUCACGUGGGACUGGGACUCCAGCAAGACCUCGGAGUUUCUCUCGGGCAUGGGGGUCUCCAUCCUUAAGAAGGACAAGCUGGGCAACGAAAACACCCCGCAGGAUCUGCUGGUGUCGCCCUGUCCUCCUCAGAAACGGCAGAAGGUGAAGGAGAAGGAGAAGGACUUUGUCAUCGUGCGCAGGCCUCGGCUGCCUAGAGAGGCAGAGUCAGGUGUUUCUUGGGAUGCACUGCCAGAUGAAUUGCUAUUGGCAAUCUUUGCAUAUUUGCCCCUAAAUGAUCUGCUAAAAGUUUCCCUGAUUUGCAAGAGGUGGCGUCGCCUCUCGUUUGAUGAAUCUCUCUGGCAGACUCUAGAUCUGACGGGUAGAAAUCUGCUGCCGGGAGUGAUUGGCCAGCUGUUGCCUGCGGGUGUUACUGUAUUCCGUUGCCCAAGAUCCUGUAUUGGAAACCCGUUGUUUAAAACCAGCAAACCUCUUAGGGUUCAACAUAUGGAUUUGUCGAAUUGCACGGUGUCUGUUACAGAUCUGCAGAGUAUCCUUUGUCGAUGUGAGAAACUACAGAACCUCAGCUUGGAAGGGCUAGUGCUUUCUGAUGACAUCAUCAAGAGCAUUGCUCAGAAUCCCAGUUUGAUGCGACUAAAUCUCUGUGGGUGCUCAGGGUUCUCUGCAGAAACGCUGGAGUUGAUGCUGAGCAGCUGUUCUGAAUUGGAGGAGCUGAACUUGUCCUGGUGCGACUUCACAGCCGCCCAUGUCAAAGCAGCAGUCAAUCAUAUUACUUCAAAAGUAACCCAACUAAAUUUAAGUGGAUACAGACAGAAUCUACAGAUAUCAGAUGUUAAGACACUGGUGGAAAGAUGUCCUUUUCUUGUCCAUUUAGAUCUAAGUGACAGCGUGAUGUUGAAGCCUGAGUGCUUCCAAUAUUUUCAUCAACUCAUCUUCCUGCAGCAUCUGUGUCUUAGCCGAUGUUACCAGAUAUCGCCUGCUGCCUUAGUAGAACUUGGUGAAAUUCCUUCAUUAAAGACUCUUCAGGUAUUUGGAAUAGUGACUGAUAACUCCCUGCAGAUUCUCAAGGAAACACUUCCUGACAUGAAGAUCAAUUGCUCACAUUUUACAGCUAUCGCAAGGCCAACUGUUGGCAGUAAAAAGAACCAUGAAAUUUGGGGCAUCAAAUGCAGAUUGACACUGAGAAAUUCUAGCAGCUUAUGAUCGUGUGUGAUUCACUGGAUGCUAUGGACAUGCUGUGUGUAGUGAGGCUCUUUGAGAAGGCAGAGUGCUGGAGUACCUUUAAUCCUUGGUCUUGUGCCUUAAUGUAGUUUCAUAAAUAUUUUUACAGUAUUUUUUUUUUUUUUUUUUACUUAAAGCCUUUAGAAAUCUUGUGAGCAAAUGUAGAUUUUUUUUUUUAAGCCCUUUUUUAGGACAGCUUUUAAAAAUAUUUGUGAAAUAAUCAUAAUUAAACUAUGUUAGCCUCUGGCAACUGUUGCAGAUUCUGAUGUAGCUUUCUUGCUCUGAGGUGUUCCAAAGGUGCUUUUGUUUAACUCUUCCAAAUCUACUACUCUUGAAAAGGCUUGCAGUGUUGCUAGAUAUCUUAAUAAGGCUCAUUAAGGAACAGUCUUCAUCUGGGUUUGCAGAGCUCAAACUCAAUAAGGACAUUAAACCUAUACAACUUUUUAACUGAAGAUGAUGUACGGUUAUGAGAGAUGCUACACCUACUGUGUGUGAGGACAGAGGAGUCAGCCUAGCCUCCAGCUGCUUCUGAAUUCACUGAACCUGAAAACAGUAAGGGAGCAUGGGAAGGGAGAUGUAUACAAAAGCAGCUAGGAGGCAGCUGAGUACUGUACAAGUCUGAAGCAGUAUAAAGGAGCUACAGUGCCACCUUUCUUUAAAAGGCCACAAAAGUAACUUCUAUUUUUUAAGCACUCCUGGUUGAUAGCAAAAUGUAGGACUUGAUAACCACCAUCUACUUUUACAGAUGUUUAUUAUAAACAGGUUUCAAUUGUUUCAUGUAGUCUUGCCAGAUUUUCUGAUUACAUGUUACUGAAACAAUGUAGUUUUUUCUGGCUUCUGCAAGCUUCAGGAAGCCUGAAUUGGGAAAUGUGAUCUCUUCUCAAAUAAAACUUCAUACAAAAACUAUCAUAUUUUCUUUAAUGAGUAAGAUCUUAAAACUGUGAUCAGUGGAGUGGCAAAAAUGUUGCAGGAGGGAGUGCUAAUGUAGUUCUAGAUCUCAGACCAACAACAAAACCAUACCCCGGACUGCAGCAUAAAAGAACAGUGGAAGGAAGAAACCCUUUGGUGCUAUUGAGGGACACCACUUUUUUCUAAUAGCUUAAGUUUUUAUAUCAUUCCACUUCUUGUAUCUGUAACACUAACCAGCACUGUUUUAAGUUGUUUUUUUUUUUUUUUUUUUCCUAAUUAAAGAGUCAGGUGUGAAAAGCUAAAUAACUGUUUGAAAACCAAAAUCUAAGGGCUAAGAACAGGCAAUUCCAGCAAAUAAAACUUUGAUCUGGCUUUAUCAAUCAGUUGUGUCUUCAUGCAUGAGCUUGGUGCAUUCCACCACACAUAAGCAUUAGCAUCCUGGCAUGAAAUGGGCACCUUGCAGCCACUGGUACAUUAUGAACAUGCUAUCCUCAUUCCAAUGAAUGCAAUAGGAAGGUGGUAAAUUUAUUCAUGGAUAUUUGAGGUGAGCUACAGUGAGAAUGGUUAGAUAGGUAUAGCUUGUACUCCUUACAAAAAAGGAGUUACAGGCAAAUUCCCCUGUGAAAGUUGGAGUGGGGAAGCAGUAGAAAUUUGGAGGCGACCGGACAUUCUGCUACUUCACAAUUUGCAGUCUUAUGCCUUAAACUACUUACCAAGAAAAAAAUUUUGAGCUGGCAGCACAGCACUGCUCUAAAUUCUUCUCCCUCAACACAUUGUAACCACAUGUAGCUCUUGCAUUUAAAUAAAGACCUACAAAAUUACUAUACUGUACCUGUAAUAACUGAGAGAUGGGAGAUUUUUCUGAUUUGACACCAGCAUUGUAGAAUGUGUAAAGAAAAGCAGAAAUCUGUCCAAGCAAUGAAUAAACAAUGGUGGUUUAAGAAGAAAGGGUACCAUCACCAAUACACUUAGUAUUUCACAGAUGUACAUCACCUAAAAAAUGCAGAAUUGGGAUAGUACUAUGGCUUUAGCCUUUGAACUUUUUUUUGAAAUAUCAAAUUAAAUGUUGGCAGAGUACAAACAUCUGUUUUGCAGGUUUAUUGGUUAUGACAGUGGCUGUAGCAGACAUAAUGCAAAUCCUGUGGCUAAGAUGCAGCAUUGACAUUUUUCUAAAUGAAGAAUUUGAUAUUUGGUAGUCCCAGGCAAACAAUACUGAACUCUACCACAGAGACAAAUUAGAUAAAUCUCUGAAUUUUACCUACGGAAACAGGAAGCAUAAGGGCAUAGAAACUACUGUAGAAAAAACUGCACUGUAAGUUAAAGGCAGCUGAAGAAGUUAAAGUAAGGCACAAGACUAUUUCAAACAUCCAUUACGCUUUAAUUUUAUUACAUAAUGUAUAAACACCACUUUAAAAAAGCAAAGAAUGACAGGUUUAUUUUAGCAGAAUACAGAAGUAUGGACUGGCACUAAAUGAAAAUAGACCAGGGAUUUGAAUCAGCAGGUGGAAGAGCGACAGAGCUGAUUGCCAGACUAGGCCGAUUAAAUCAGUGUUAAACCAAUACUCAGUCAUAUCAGAGAACACUGUCUAUCAGGUAAAUUGUCUGUACUGUAUUCCUUUGUAAUAAAGGAUUCUUAAAAAGGC